CUACAUCUGUAAGGACAGGUCCGAGGUACCAAGACUCGGACUGCUACAGUAACUCUUCUAUGGCCGAAGUGCAGAAUAAACCCAAAGCUUCCCGCUCAAAUAGAUGCAUGGCAAUGACAAUAAGCAUGCCCGCACCUGAUUCCUUAUGAUGAGUCGCACAACAAGUAUGGUGGACGCUUGUGCAUCUGGAUACCUCUCAAAUUCCCGGUCCCGGAAUAAUCGUCUGGAUGAACACGUCAGGCUCCGAUUAUCUUGCUUGGCAUGCCACGUGGGUUCCUUACUGGAUCCUAUAAAUACCCCCCCGGGCCACGUCAAAAAGGUAAUUGAAACCAACCUUAAGCUUUUCUUAUCUCCGCCCUAAAGGUAGCCCCGAUUAUUGCUGACUUAAGCAUCGGAGUGUCUACCCCGAGUUCCACCUCGGGGCUUUGCAGGAUUCUUGUUGACCGGCCCAUCACCGACGAGCAUCAAGUUGGCCAUGCAUCAAUUACCGACCUAUCUCUCAUCGGUAAUGAAAAAAAAGCUGCAACGCCACCGGCCAGCAGCCGGAUUCGCGGGGAGUUGCUGAAUGCCCAAUUACCGACAAGGCUUAUGUCGGCAAUUGAGCAAAAAGCUGCACUCCCUGCCGCAAGCGGCCAGCUGGUUGGCGGGGCGGGUGCAUUGGGAGUGGCAAUUACCGAGAAGGUGGACGUUGGAAAUCGAUCCCAAAUCACCGACGAGGCUCUCGUUUCAAAUUUGAAUUUGCAGGCGUUCUACUCGUCGGUGAUUUGGGUUUCCGUCCUUCUCCCACCAGCCGGAGUAAAAACUCCAUUUACUGACGAGCGACACGUUUGUAUAAUCUUAAAUUACCGACAAGUGUUACGUGUGUAGGCUAAAUAAUAUAUCUUACUCGAGUUUCUACUGUUUCUCAAGUUGCAGACUUGAUUCUUGUCGGUAAAAUGGCUGCUUCACCGAGAAACCUUGUUACCUCGGUGAUAUUUGGUCAGUGAAACUAAGUUUUCUUGUAGUGCAUCUUGUGCUUGAACUCAGUUGCAAGGUUUGUUCAUCAAAAUGAGAUAAUUUGUAAGUUUUUGAAUAUAAAAAAAAAUUACAG